AUUGACCACUUCCAAAAUGCAAAUUUGAUAAAUUUUUGUAAACAUCCCUAUUGAAUAUAAUUUGAGAGUAAAAAUGUAAAUUAGGUGGAGAAUGUUGGCGAGGGAGUAGUAUCUAAGUGACACUCGUCGAGUUUACCUUGCAUGCAAUUAAAACCCUUAAUAGUACAGACCAAAGGCAGUGAUGAUCCUACGUACGACAUUAUGUAUAUGAAGAGUUUUACUUUACAAUGUAAAAAAUUGGUCUUUAUAACACAUCUUUUAACAUAAAAAAGUAGAGUUUUUGAGCCACAGAAGAGUUAACAAUGGAGGUUGAUCAACAACAACAAGAAGAAGAGGCUGUUCCUAAAUCUCUGAUAAGAUAUUUGUACAUUGCCCAAUUCUUAGCAAGAUGGGAUGCCAGAAUGUGGGAAUUUUCUGUUGGUUUGUACAUGAUCACUUUUUGGCCUAAUUCUUUACUCCUUGCUGCCAUUUAUGGAGCAAUUGAAUCUGCUUCUAUUGCUUUGUUUGGUCCAAUUGUUGGACAAUGGGCUGAAAACUUGUCAUAUCUUAAGGUUCUUCGAAUUUGGUUAGUGACUCAGAAUCUGUCAUUUAUUGUUGCUGGAUGCUCUGUGGUUGCUUUGCUAUUCUUUUCUACCUUGAAGUCCACAAAUUUCGCAGCCUUCAUCUCGCUCGUAGCUUUAACCAACAUUUCUGGAGCUGCGGGUGUGCUUUCUAGUCUUGCUGGAACUAUCUUGAUAGAAAGAGAAUGGGUCGUGGUGAUAUCAGAAGGCCAUCCUCCAAGUGUACUGACAAAGAUGAACUCAAUUAUCAGACGAAUUGACUUAAUUUGCAAGCUUCUUGCUCCAGUAGUUGCCGGUUUCAUAAUCAGUUUUGUGUCGGUUAAGGCCUCUGCUAUGACUUUAGCUAUUUGGAAUAGUAUUGCAGUAUGGUUAGAGUUCUGGCUUUUUACAUCCGUAUAUAAUGGAAUUCCGGCUUUGGGCGAAACUAGCAGAAGGAAGAUUACUAGACGCCGUUCUACAGGUCAUCCGGAAGAGGGUACAACUGUAAUUUCUAGACGGCCAGAGGACUUGGAUCUUCAAAAUGACGAAAAUGUGAUAGUCGUGGAAAAGGGAUGGCGCACGAAAAUAUCUAAGUGGUUUGCAAAAGCACCGUUUGUUGGUGCUUGGAAUGUGUAUUUACAGCAGGAAGUUUUGAUUCUCGGAGUAGCUUUAGCUUUACUAUAUUUCACAGUUCUCAGCUUUGGCACCUUGAUGACUGCUACACUAAAAUGGGAAGGUAUUCCUGCUUUUGUAAUAGCUAUAGCUCGAGGACUAAGUGCAAUAAUUGGAAUUGCAGCAACAAUUGUGUAUCCAUUCUUGCAAUCUCGUAUUCUAUCUCAGAGAGCAGGACUGUGGUCGAUUUGGUCUCAGUGGACUUGCCUCUUAAUAUGCAUUGGUUCGAUAUGGGUCCAAAACCGUCAUCUGGCAGCAUAUAUGCUGAUGGCUGGCGUAGCAACUUCUCGACUUGGCUUGUGGAUGUUUGACUUAUCUGUAACCCAGCAAAUGCAGGAUCACAUUGCUGAAUCUGAUCGUUGCAUUGUGGGAGGUGUACAGAAUUCGCUUCAGUCUAUUUUUGACUUAUUAGGUUAUCUAAUGGGAAUACUCAUCUCCAAUCCAAGGGAUUUCUGGCUGUUGACAUUACUAUCUUUCGCGGCAGUAACAUUAACUGCAGCAUUAUACAGCAUGUAUAUUCUUCGUGUUCGGAAACAUCUUUUCCACUUUGAGAAGCUAAAAUGUUGGUGAAAUGAGCUGUAAAUUCAUCCAAAGUGCUUAUUUCCUGGUGAUUGAUUAUGGUGCAAGAAUAUCUGAUUCUUAUGCAGUCUUGAACAUAAUUCAUGGUUCACGCCAUUGAUAUUAGCACUGCACCACCUCGAGCUGCAUGCCAUGUUCUAAGGACCCUGUUUGGCCAUUGAAGCAGUAUACGAACUGGAUUCAGAAUGUAAUGACGCACUGGCGCAGCAUAGUAGAAAUUGUUUCACAUAACAUUGGCUACGGCCAUGGUUACUGGUGAAAUUUGUACAUUAUGAAUCUGCCGAUCUAGUUGCAUAUAUGCAUCUAGCGUAGUCCUGGAGAAGUCCUUUCUUGUUGCUAGAUAAGAUGUGUACUGUUUAUUUAUAGUUAAUAAAAUAAAAUUAAAUCAUUUUGGCAA